UUUUUAAUAUACAUAUAAGUGAACCAGUGAACCUCCCUCCUCUGUGCAGUGGCCCUCCCUUCUCCGUCCAGUGACCCUCCCUUCUCUGUCCAGUGACCCUCCCUUCUCCGUUCAGUGACCCUUCCUUCUCCGUCCAGUGACUAUAUAAAUAAAUGACAAAAUUAAAGGGUUUAUAUAAAUUAAAAAGUAUUUAAAUGAGAGUUAUACCAGGUAUUUUGAGCGAUUCCAAUUGUAUAUUUGUGAUCAAACCAGUAUAGGUCAAGGACCGGUUUGAAAACAGAGAUUUUGAAAUAAGUUUUUUAAGAGUUCCGGAUUUUGAUUUAAACAUGCAUGUCCAUUUCCGGAUUAUUUUGAAAUAACCCCCGGAUAAUAGAGCCUGGCAUAUGAAAAUGUUAACUCUAUUCUUAAAUCUUUUCUUUUUAUGAAUUAAAUCGCAACCGGAAACUGAACAAGAACAACAAAAACAACUCCAAAAACCCAAUGGAUUAAUUACAAGCAUGAGAAGAAGACUUUUACUAUCAGCUGGAAGCACUCCUGUCUUAAUUUAUAAAGGUGCGCAGCCGUGGACACCACUAGCGCAGGCUAAAGCUUUUGCGGUGAAAACACAGCCUUUGGUGUUUAAAGGAGAAAAUGAAGAAUUUAAUGAGUUGAAAAGUGAUUUGUGGAUUUAUUUACAUUAAAAUUUAAUUUGGGGUUUAACGGAAAUUACUAUUUUUAGGGAAAAUAAGGGACGGAAACUAGUUACUCAAGAAUUGGGAAUGGGGUUUUUGACGGCAAUUCAUACGAUUAAA